AGCCCCACGCUACAAUACGCGUGGCCUGCGGGACCAGUCAUCUAUCUCUUUCUGCUAACUUCCGCAGGGGUGUAUGUGUAUACCGUGCGCCUCAAAUCACCAUUCCGGACAACGAUAACGCUCGAUUAGUCGAUUUAAGAAUAUCUUCCUUCCUUCUCCUCCCAUCAGCUAUUUCUCCGUUGCCGGAAACCUAAUUUUAGAAAUUUUCUUUCGGUGCGAAAUGUCGUCUGUUUCCAGCCAGCCACAGUUCCGCUAUACUCAGCCUCCGUCCAAGGUUCUCCAUUUGAGGAACUUACCAUGGGAAUGUACUGAAGAGGAACUAAUCGACCUGGGGAAGCCAUUCGGUAAAGUUGUUAACACAAAGUGUAAUGUUGGAGCAAAUAGAAACCAAGCUUUUAUUGAGUUUGCAGAACUAAAUCAGGCUAUUGCUAUGAUAUCAUAUUACGCAUCAUCGUCUGAGCCGGCGCAGGUGCGAGGGAAAACUGUCUACCUACAGUAUUCCAACAGGCAAGAAAUAGUGAACAACAAAACUACUGCGGAUGUUGCUGGAAACGUGCUCUUGGUAACAAUUGAGGGGAAUGACGCUCGCCUUGUCAGCAUUGAUGUCCUACACUUGGUAUUUUCUGCAUUUGGAUUUGUGCACAAGAUUACUACAUUUGAGAAGACUGCUGGUUUUCAGGCUCUGGUGCAAUUUUCUGAUUCAGAGACUGCAUCUGCUGCGAAGGAUGCCCUUGAUGGAAGGAGCAUUCCAAGUUAUUUGAUCCCGGAGCUCGGUCCAUGUUCACUUAGGAUCACAUAUUCCGCGCAUACAGACCUGAGUGUGAAAUUCCAGAGUCACCGUAGCAGGGACUAUACCAAUCCUCUUCUCCCUGUUGCUCCUUCAGCUAUAGACGCAAGUGGCCAGUUCAAUCUAGGAGUUGAUGGGAAGAAACUGGAGCCAGAGAGCAAUGUCCUUCUUGCCUCAAUUGAAAACAUGCAGUAUGCUGUAACCUUGGAUGUUUUACAUACGGUCUUUUCAGCAUUUGGACCUGUGCUAAAAAUUGCCAUGUUUGACAAAAAUGGGGGUCUUCAGGCUUUGAUUCAAUAUCCUGAUGUCCCAACCGCGGUUGUUGCCAAGGAAGCCUUGGAAGGACAUUGCAUAUAUGAUGGAGGAUACUGCAAGCUGCAUAUCUCAUAUUCUCGACAUACUGAUCUCAGCAUAAAGGUCAAUAAUGAUCGAAGCAGGGACUACACCAUCCCCAGUAUUCCUGCAAUGAGUGCUCAACCCUCGAUACUAGGACAGCAACCAUAUCCAAUGGGAGGUCCAGGUGCCCAUGCUUACAAUGGAACACAAUAUGCUCCAGUUCCUGAUCCUCGUGGCGUGCCUCCUCCUUCAGCCGGCUGGAACUCAGCUGUCCCUUCGAUACCUCAAUCUAUGCCAAUGCAAAUGCACAAUUACCCUUAUGGGCCUCCAACAGGUGGUCCUGCAAUGGGCCAUGGGCUAAUGGCAACUCAUGGCCAGAAUGGGGUACCACACUCAUCUCCAAUGCCACCUUAUCAUCCUCAAUAGCACAAGCAUUCCUUCUUUUGACUAGACUUGAAAACUUCGAUGCUACGAUACUGCUGUAUUCUCCUUUACAUUUCUUGAUUCAAGAGUUACAGAGGAAAGAUUGUGGUCUUUGUAGACUAAAAUAUGUUUUGGUAGUGCCCUUAAAUUGUCAUGUAUAUUAAUCUACUAUAAACCUAUGAAUGGUGGUCCCGUGGAUUAUUUGGCAUCCCUUUGUUGGGUCUUUGAUGCUGAUGGUGAUUGACCAUUACUUGAGGUCUUCUCAAGUCGAAAGCAGGCUUAAAAGUGUAUAGAUUCUGGUGAAGUUGAUCAUGUCUAUAUCCUGGGCAUAUACAGGAUGUGGGACUGGGAGUCCUCUAUGUACGUAUAUGUGUGUAUUUCUUGGAUGUUGGAACCAAACUUUGCUCA